AUGUCCAGCACAUCCACAAAGUCACAACGCGUCGCACCUCUUCUUUCAGGCGAUGAGGCGAGGUAUCGCCGCCGGUAUCGCGCUCUCAAGGAGCUGGUCAACGAGCUGAGUGACACAGAUGGCAGGAGUCCAUCUGUUGUGCUUCCUAUGGGUAUCGUCGCUCGCACUAUGUACCUUGUCUCUACCAUCAGAUCAGAGCUGACCACCCAGGAAUCCAACCUCCUCGCCUUGCGUGUCCACGAUAUUCAACGUCGACUCUAUGACGAGCACAUGAAGGAGUACGGUCGCCCACCACCUGCCGUCCCCCUUCCCGACGACGCGAGCUGGGCCCCUUUGGUCGGAAACGCCGAUGCCUACCCCGACGAUGCCGGGAAGCCCCUACCCCCACUUGUCGGGGAGAAGGAGGAGAAGGAGAAGAAGCCUCACGGCAACGGCAAAAAGAGCAAUGGCAACGGCACCCUCUCGGCCCCCGCCUCGCCGGGACCCAAGGACGACCGGGACGACGAGGGCGACCAGGACGAGCACGACCGCAGCCGUGAAAUGGACGACCAAGACGAUCGUAGCCGCAUCCACGAUGGCCACGACAUUGAGAUGGACGACCACGAGCGCAGCUCGGAACACGGUGACCACUCGAGGGAGAGGAACGAGAUUGUCCGCAGCAGGAGCCGCGGAGACGAGGAUAUGGUCGACGACUACUAG